AUGUCAAACACAGGUCUUUCCUACUACAAUGAUUCUCCGCCAAACCAUGUCUCUGUCCAUUCAUAUCAUCAAAGAUACCAAAUAGUCAGCAAUCUUGGAAAUGGAAGUUUUGGCACUGUUGAGCUAGCCAGACUCAAGUUCCCCAAGGAAGAGUUGCUCAGCACACAGGUUCACAAAUCGGGAACAUUAUUGUAUCCACUAGAUGAUUCGAAACGCAACGAAUCCAAACUAGUUGCCAUCAAAACUAUGAAGAAAAGGCUCCCAUCAUUGCACGAUUAUGCAAAAGUCAAGGAGGUCAAAUUCAUUUCGAGUGUCCCCUCACAUCCCAACUUGGUGCAGAUAUUUGAAAUGUUUAUUGACGAUAUGGACCAUCAAUUGCACAUAACUAUGGAAGCGCUUAACCAGAACUUGUACCAGUUAAUAAAGUCUCGUAAAGGGGCCAGGUUCUCAUCAAUGACUUUAAGGAGUAUAUUGACGCAACUAUUGCAAGCAAUCAAGCAUAUUCACCACCAUCAGUAUUUUCAUCGCGACGUCAAACCUGAAAACAUUCUCGUUAUCCCAACUGCUCAGUACUAUGGAUCCAAAGCAUCCGUUCCACCAUACAGACGAAAUGAUAAUUUUGUCAUCAAGUUGGGAGACUAUGGUUUGGCGCGACAUGUAAAUACAAUGAGGCCAUACACCGGCUACGUCUCAACAAGAUGGUACAGAUCCCCCGAAAUACUAUUGAGACAAAACAAGUAUGGCUGUGAAAUUGAUGUCUGGGCCUAUGGCACAGUUGCAGCAGAAAUUGUCAACUUUGCGCCAUUAUUUCCAGGAGCUAACGAAGUCGACAUGCUCUGUAAAAUUAUUCAAACUUUAGGUAGUCCAUCGCUUCCAGGGAAAGUUGGGCAGGAGUACGUUGUUCCAGUCGGUGGAUACUGGCCCCAAGCUGCGGUGUUAAGCAAUGCUCUUGGGCACCAGUUACCUUUUGAUCGUGGAAUGAGUCGUGCGCAGAUUCUUCCUGACGCCGGACGUGAGUUGUGCGACACUAUAAUGUCAUGUUUGCAAUGGGACCCUAUCCUGAGACCAACGGCUCAAGAGCUUGCAUGCUUUGAGUAUUUUUCUGAUUAG